GGCCUCCCACGGCUCCGGGGCCUCGCAGCCGCCUCCUCCAUCCCCGAACGCCGGCCCGGCCGCCAUGGCAUCGUCCCCCCAGAAGUCCCCUUCUUCCCCCAAAUCUCCCACCCCGAAAUCGCCCCCGUCCAGAAAAAAGGAUGACUCCUUCCUGGGCAAGCUCGGCGGCACGCUGGCGAGGAGGAAAAAAGCCAAAGAAGUAUCUGAACUACAGGAAGAAGGAAUGAAUGCUAUUAACUUGCCUCUCAGUCCGAUUCCAUUCGAACUAGACCCUGAGGACACUAUGCUAGAGGAAAAUGAGGUCCGAACAAUGGUCGAUCCAAAUUCAAGAAAUGACCCAAAAUUACAGGAACUAAUGAAGGUAUUAAUAGACUGGAUUAAUGAUGUGUUGGUAGGAGAGAGGAUUAUUGUGAAAGACUUGGCUGAAGACCUGUACGAUGGACAAGUACUGCAGAAAUUAUUUGAGAAGCUUGAGAGUGAGAAGCUGAAUGUUGCUGAAGUUACUCAGUCUGAAAUUGCUCAGAAACAGAAGCUACAGACAGUCCUUGAGAAGAUCAAUGAAACGCUUAAGCUCCCGCCAAGAAGCAUUAAGUGGAAUGUUGACUCUGUUCAUGCUAAAAGUCUGGUAGCAAUACUUCAUCUUCUGGUUGCGUUAUCGCAGUACUUUCGAGCACCAAUCAGACUUCCAGAUCAUGUGUCCAUUCAGGUUGUUGUUGUGCAGAAACGAGAAGGAAUCCUCCAGUCUCGACAAGUCCAAGAGGAAAUAACUGGUAACACCGAGGCAUUUUCAGGAAGACAUGAAAGAGAUGCAUUUGACACGCUAUUUGACCAUGCUCCAGACAAGCUCAGCGUAGUAAAGAAGACUCUCAUCACAUUUGUGAACAAGCAUCUCAACAAAUUGAAUUUGGAGGUCACUGAACUGGAGACCCAGUUUGCAGAUGGUGUGUACUUAGUGCUGCUAAUGGGUCUCCUAGAAGGCUAUUUUGUUCCUCUCCACAGCUUUUUCUUGACUCCUGAUAGUUUUGAACAAAAGGUCCUCAAUGUGUCCUUUGCAUUUGAGCUAAUGCAAGAUGGUGGAUUGGAAAAACCAAAGCCUAGACCAGAAGAUAUUGUAAAUUGUGACUUGAAAUCUACACUGAGAGUACUGUAUAACUUGUUUACCAAAUACAGGAAUGUGGAGUGAAGAAUUCAUUUGGAACAUAAAGAAGUUUUAACAAAGAAAAUGUCAUAACUAGCAUAUUUUUCACCAAUAUUCCUCUGCAUCGUUAUCCUAGAAGGAACUAAACCAUUCAUCUGAAGAAUCUUUAAUUGACUACUCUUGCACAACUUUUUCCACAGUGGGUUUAAAGCUAAGACUACGUAAAACUAAUACAAAUUAUGGAAAAAAUUUGGAGGAAGGUAUUUGGAUAUCUUCUGGGAGAAUCUGUGUUUCAGUAAUAACUCCAUCUCUACAGUUUUGUAGUAGGUGGAGCAGCAAUGGAAAAAAAAAAAGAUUUAUUAACUUUAAUUCAGAUCAGCUGUCGAAGCCAAAUAUAGGAAGUUUCUAUACUAAGCAUCUACUUCAGUGUUUAUGAAACAUGUCUUUUCCAAUCUGGGGGGAGGAAGAAUACUUUUCUGUCCAUGAUAAAAUGAUUGCAUUGAAAUUCUAAAAAAUGUGCAUAUGGAGAAACAGUAAAAUUCUCUUCUUCACAUGAAA